AUGACGUUUAUCCGCCGAACACAAACGCGCGUAGUGCUGCGGAGGAGCGAGGACCCCUUGUUCCUGAACGACUCCAGUGCCUUUGACUUCUCGGACGAGGUGGGGGACGAGGACUUCCCCCGGUUUAACAAGCUGCGAGUGGUGGUGUCGGACGAGGCCUCGGAGACGGCCCCGGAGGCGCCGGUGAACGGGGCGCCCCUGGGCCUGCCCUCCGACGACGACUCCCUGCUGGACCGGGACAUCGCCCUGCGCAGCGCCCGGGCCGGCCGGCCGGACCUCUGCAGCAGCUGCAGCAGCCGGCGGGAGCGCUCCAAGCAGAGGAAGGUGAAGAAGCGGCUGACGCUGGCUGCCCUCCUCUACCUCCUCUUCAUGACGGGGGAGCUCAUAGGUGGAUAUGUUGCUAACAGUCUAGCAAUUAUGACAGAUGCACUUCAUAUGUUAACUGACCUUAGUGGUAUUAUUUUGACCCUGCUUGCUCUCUGGCUGUCUGCAAAAUCUCCCACAAAGAGGUUCACUUUUGGAUUUCAUCGCUUAGAAGUAUUGUCAGCCAUCAUUAGUGUAUUGCUGGUCUAUAUCCUUAUGGCAUUCCUCUUGUAUGAAGCUGUUCAAAGAACUAUCCAUAUGGACUAUGAAAUAAAUGGCGAUAUCAUGCUGAUUACAGCAGCCGUUGGUGUUGCAGUUAACUUAAUAAUGGGUUUUUUGCUGAAUCAAUCUGGCCACCUUCACUCCCACUCCCAUUCCCACCCUCACUCUCACGUACCUCAGUCGAACUCUCCUAACACAGCCCACAGCAGUAGCCACGGGCACAGCAGCCUUGCCGUGAGAGCAGCGUUUGUACAUGCCCUUGGGGACCUGGUACAAAGUAUUGGCGUGCUCGUAGCUGCAUACAUCAUACGCUUUAAGCCAGAAUACAAGAUUGCUGAUCCUAUAUGUACAUAUGUAUUCUCCAUACUGGUGGUUUUGACAACAGUUCGAAUUCUGUGUGACACAGGAGUUAUUAUUCUGGAAGGAGUUCCAAGGCAUUUAAACGUGGAUCGCAUUAAGGAAGACUUGAUGAAAAUUGAAGAUGUUUAUUCUAUAGAAGAUUUAAAUGUUUGGUCUCUCACUGCAGGAAAAACAACUGCCAUAGUCCACUUGCAACUAGUUCCUGGUAGUUCAUCUAAAUGGGAGGAAGUUCAGUUCAAGGCCCGACAACUGCUGCUGAACACAUUUGGAAUGUACAAGUGCUCUGUCCAGCUUCAGAGUUACAAACAGGAGAUAAGCAAAACCUGUGCAAGUUGUCAGAGUUCCAGUGCCUAAUUUCGUAUGUUUUGGGAACUGCUGCCUUAUUCUUUAUCUUGUAGUCAAAGACUGAGAGCAAUAAAUGCAAAACGAAAAUGAUGAAAUAGAAACCAUUAAUAUGUGGAUUUGUACCAUGCAGCAGGGAGAACUGGUGCUGCAACAAGUGCAGUGGUUGCCCAACAGAACACGUAUUUCACUCUCUCCCUUGUACUGGUUUAUUCAAUUUAUUAUGAUUUUGAGACAAAGCUGUUUUCAGAUUAUUGUUUACAACCUGCAAUGUGGCUCUGCAGAUACCUCACAAAUUACAGUCCAAUAUCGUCCUUUAAUAACUAUGUACCACAAAGUACCUGCACUCCAAAUGGAGCAUCAAGUAUUCAGUAUUUCAGUUAAAGUCUCUAAUGCUGAUCAUGCCAGGGUUCCAUAACGUGUCAGGAUCCCUGAAUUCAUUACACAGUAUUUUUGCAAUAGUAAUUUUCAUACAGUAUCUUAAACUAUAAUGUGUACAGUGCUAGUUGAAUUGUUUUGGAAACUGUCUCUUUGGAGACACUGCAAAAUACAGAAUUUACUGUACCCAGACCAGAAAGUUAGCUUUAAUCUGGGCAUUCAGAGAUCCAGACAGGAAGAUCCUUGCCCAGACUUCUGAUGUUUAACUAGAGACCCAACACUACUGGACCCAAAGUGUUUUAAGUGAUCGGUUAUCUUUAAUGUAUUUUAGAAUAGGGUUUAUACAUUAGAAACAGCUUAUUUAUUUUACAAAGUUUUGACUUGUAAGAUGAAUUUAUUAUUAAUAAUCUUGAAUGUCUAAACCAACAUUUGAUUCACAUUAAAAGGCCAGCUCAUUAGCAUGCAUUCUAAUUAUAAUUAAUGUCCUGUAAUUGAUCAUUUUUCCAUGAUUGUUUUGUUUUAAAAGAAAAAUCAAAUGAUAGACACUAUGCUUGACAUGGAGAUACUCUCAAACACAAUCUACAGACAGGCAAAACAUGUAUCUUCUAACAGGAAAGUGGGGAGCAGAAGUUUUAGAUAUGUAGUAUUCCCUCAGUCACAGAUCUCUGACCUUUUCAUCUUUGCUUUGAGCACAGUAUGGCAGUAUUCUGACAGGAAUGCCACUGCAAUAGCAGUCCCUCGCUACUUAGCUUUAUGAAUAAAGCAAAAUCCAAGCAAGCUCAGUAACCUAAUGGUGUUGGACAACAAAAUCAUAACAACCUACAGAGAUAGAAAGGCCGUUUCUUAUUUACAGAGGGAUGAGGCAAUUUUGAAAAGACUAUUUAUUCAUCCUCAAAGUCCACAAAACUGAAUUGCUUAGCCUCAUGGUAGAAUCACUGUACUUUGAAUGUACACAGGAUAAUAAAACCUGACCCUAAGCUAUCAUACACCUCCAAGCUCAGAUUUACACCUGCUUCUGAAGUCAUUUGCAUUGAAGAAGCUAAGAGCAACAGGAAUAUGACCUGCAAAGUUCAGAAGACAGUAAGAGCUUGGCUUCAAAUAUUUUUUUCUUAUUCUGUACUUUGAUCUUUAUGCAGAACUUCCACUGACAUCAAAAGUAGUUCUGUAUGUGGAUCAGAAAGGAAAAUUUUUACCCAAUAAUGGAUAUUGUGAUAUUCAGCUGUGAAUACUUAAGCUAUUGUCUGUUUUGAAACUUGCUAGGGUUUCACAUAUUCAUCAGGCUGAUUUAUACCUGCAAUUGGUGGUAACAAUCUUGGCUUCUUUUCUCCCCUUUUUUUGAGGUAGGGGUCACACGAUGAAUUUUUAGAGGUGAAAACUGACAGCACAGUAUUAAUUUGGGCAAAGUGCACCUAACACUGGAUUAUGUUUGUAGCUGUUCUGGCAAGAAAUGGGAACACUUGAGUAUAGCAUGGGAGCACAUACAGCUCAGAGGCAAAGUGGCACUGUACUUGGGAAGUUAAUGCUUCAAUACAAACACUAUCAUUAAUUAAGCCAUAUCACAGUUCAUGAAAAAUGUGCAUCCCAUCCUUACAAACUUACUGGAAAAAAAAAUAACACAAACAAACAACAGGUAUUUUGCACACACUAAUACUCAAAUAGGUUUUAAUUAAAUCGGGGUUUACAGUUGCUGUAAUUAGAAGUUGAAGUACAGUAGACGUAUUGUAUUUGGAGUUUUUUAUUGUAAUAAUUUACGCAUUUGUUUAAUUGAAGAAAAAAGCAGAAAUGUGUUGUUUUAUUGUGGGUUUUAUUAAAUCAAUUAUUAAACUUCACAUUGUUGUCUUA